CAUGCAAGAGGAGCAUUUUUGUGUGUGUGCAGGCUGGCCCCGGCUCCCUGCUAAUGUGCUCCCUGGAAGCAGUGGCAAUGUGCUGCUUCGAUCCCUGGCUGCUGGAAUUACCUUGAUGGCAAGGUAUUCAUGCUUGCUGCUUUGGACUGAAGCAGUGAGGAUGGAGCCCACGAAGAUCAACAUGUCCCGCGUGCCCUUGGUCAACGGCGGCAUCGACAGCGCCAUGCUCAAGGCGCACAAACCCCGCGUCAUGUCCAAGAGCGGCCACAGCAACGUCAGGAUAGACAAAGUGGAUGGCAUCUACCUGCUCUACCUGCAGGACCUGUGGACCACAGUCAUAGACAUGAAGUGGAGGUACAAACUCACCCUGUUUGCUGCUACUUUUGUCAUGACCUGGUUCCUCUUUGGGGUGAUCUACUACGCCAUCGCCUUCCUUCACGGCGACUUGGAGAUGAACAAGUUCUCCCCAAAGCGGGAGCCGUGCGUGAAGAAUGUGGAUUCCCUGACUGGGGCGUUCCUCUUCUCCCUGGAGUCCCAGACAACCAUUGGCUAUGGAUUUCGUUUCAUCACCGAGGAGUGUCCCCAUGCCAUUUUCUUGCUUGUGGCCCAGCUGGUCAUCACCACCCUGAUUGAGAUCUUCAUCACAGGUACCUUCCUGGCCAAGAUCGCCAGGCCGAAAAAAAGGGCAGAGACGAUUAAAUUCAGCCACUGUGCUGUCAUCACCAAACACAACGGGGAGCUUUGCCUGGUGAUCAGAGUGGCAAACAUGAGGAAGAGCCUCCUGAUACAGUGUCAACUCUCUGGGAAACUUCUUCAGACCUACGAAACCAAAGAAGGGGAGAGGAUUCUGCUGAACCAAGCCAGUGUCAAAUUCAACGUUGACUCCUCUUCGGAGAGUCCAUUUCUUAUUUUGCCUUUAACCUUCUACCACAUUUUGGAUGAAAGCAGCCCUCUGAGAGACCUCACACCUCAAAACCUCAAGGAGAAGGACUUUGAGCUCGUGGUGCUCCUGAAUGCCACGGUGGAGUCCACUAGUGCUGUCUGCCAGAGCAGGACUUCCUACGUCCCCGAGGAGAUCCACUGGGGCUAUGAGUUCGUGCCUGUGGUUUCCCUCUCUCCAAAUGGAAAGUAUGUGGCGGAUUUCAGUCAGUUUGAGAAGAUCAGGAGAAGCACAGAUUCUACUUUUUACAGUAUGGACUCUGAAAAGCAAAAGCUGGAGGAGAAAUACAGGCAGGAGGACCAAAGAGAGAGGGAACUGAGAACGAUGUUGUUACAGCAGAGUAAUGUUUGA